UGCUGUAGCAGGAGGAGGAGAGCAUGACUGGUCCUUGACGUGGAAUAUUUCCGUAAAGAGACGAUGAAGGAGUAGCAACGUGUAGCUCGAAGCUAUCCAGUAUACUAACCUUAAAUCGAGACGGGAUUUAGCCGUGAAUCCCGCUCGGAUCUGGGUUCACCGGAGUUGACGGAUACCAGUCUUUCAUAGACUGAUCCCUUUCUCUGUUCCCCGCCUCCAUCGGAUCCGCUACAGUCAUGAUAAAAGCCAUUUUAAUAUUCAAUAACCACGGGAAACCAAGGCUUUCUAAAUUCUACGAACAUUAUAAUGAAGACACGGAGCAACAGAUCAUCAGAGAAACCUUCCACUUGGUCUCAAAAAGAGAUGAGAAUGUCUGCAAUUUCCUUGAAGGAGGAAUGUUGAUUGGAGGAUCAGACUACAAGCUGAUCUACAGACACUACGCCACAUUGUACUUUGUCUUUUGUGUCGACUCCUCAGAGAGUGAACUAGGAAUUUUAGACUUAAUCCAGGUAUUUGUGGAAACUCUGGACAAGUGCUUUGAGAAUGUCUGUGAGCUUGACUUAAUUUUCCAUGUUGACAAGGUCCACAACAUUCUGGCUGAGAUGGUAAUGGGUGGGAUGGUCCUGGAGACCAACAUGAAUGAAAUCAUCACGCAGGUGGAUGCCCAGAAUAAGAUGGAGAAGUCUGAGUUCUUUCCAUUCUUUUCUCUCUCUCUUUACAGACGUUUAUCUUUCAGUCUACCAGGCAGGACAGGUAGACACAGGCCGGUAUUGCAGGAGCGCCCGCUCGUGCCGUAUCAGCUGUAAAGAACAUGAACCUCCCAGAAAUGCCCAGAAACAUCAACAUUGGUGACAUCAGCAUAAAAGUGCCAAAUUUACCCUCCUUCAAAUAGUGGCAGCGAGAUCCUGAACCUGCAGAUGUCAGCCAAUGUUUACAGUGAUGCAAUCUGUUUACCACGACCUCAAUUUACCAACUUUUAUCAAAACUAUCAAAAACAUCUUGAAGGUACUGCGUGUUCUGACACUCCUUGUACUUGUGCUUUCUCUUUCUUAUGGUUUUUUGUUUUUUUUUCUGUUUGAAGUGAAAUGAAGUAUUUAUGAAUGGUACAUUCCUUACACCUCACUGAAGCUGAGGCUCAUGACUUUCAGCUCCUCUGUGUCAGUUUGUAACUGGAACCUGCUAAAGUGUUUACGUGAAGGGGAAAUGUGUGGCAGGAAGUGACCUUUUGGAGCAGUCUUUCAAGUUUGUUCUUUUUUUUUUGUUUGUUUUUCUGAGAGAAUCAGUCAGGGGUAAAAGUUAAACCAAUUUGAAUCCAAAAUUGGAGUAGGUCUACUAUAGUAUUGAGAGAUAUACAGUACAGAAUAUUAAUGUGUUGCAGAUAUGCUGUGUGACAGAAAAAUAUAUAUAUAUAAAAUGAUUUUUCUUUUAUUUGUAUGCAAAGUAUUUUUCAAAGAUUCACCAUGUCUUACCAAAUAAUGCUCUUAAUUUUUGUGUGUAUAUGACUUAUUUUCUCUUCUUUUUCAACAUAAUAAACAUCAAAAUGCAA